AUGGCCCCUCCCUACGUUCCUAGCCCUACCUCUACCCCUGCGUCUCCGGGCUACCAGCUUGUGCUGGAGAUACUUGCCAUAAUAGUCGCCCUACUUGCCUUUCUCGCCAUUUUUAUAACCGGCUGCUACGGUCCUAUCGGGUGGAACAACGAAUGGCCACUGAUCCGUGCUCUUCCAAAGCGCUGGAAGUACCACAUAUACCCCUGGAGAGUAGACGACCCCUCGAGAAUCGACACGCCUCAUGAGUUGAGCUAG